CACAAAUCCAUUUUCCAAGUCAUUCAUGUUUUCGCGAUUCUGUGCGCGGGCUGUUUUGCGAGAUACAACCUUGCGAGUGUCACGACAUACGAUUUCCCGAGUGAAUAUCAGAACAAUCAUCAUGGCUCCAGUCCUGCGAACAGAUCCCAACAUCAUCAUUACCGGCACUCCCGGCGUUGGCAAAACCACUCACUGCCAAGAACUUGCUGCCAAAACCGGCCUCCACCACCUCGACAUCAAUGAAGUAGUCAAGAAGCACAACAUCGGGGAGGCCUCGGACGACCCAGAUGACCCCAAUUUGCAAAUCGUCGACGAAGACCGACUGCUAGACUGCGUAGAAAAUGAUCUAGAAGAAGGUGGACAGAUCAUCGACUGGCACGCCUGCGACCUCUUCCCAAGGAAACAAAUCGACCUCGUCUGCGUGAUCCGAUGCGACAACAAGAUCCUCUACGAUCGUCUGAAGGCGCGAAAUUACGGCGGAAAGAAGCUGGAGGAGAACAUGGACUGUGAAAUCAUGGAGGUAUUGCUCAACGAGGCGCGGGAGGCCUACGACGAGGAGAUUGUGGUCGAGUUGAGAAGUGAGAGCACGGAGGACAUCGAUGCGAAUGUCGAGAGGAUCGAAACCUGGAUACGGAAUUGGAGGAAGGAUAAUGGGAAGGAGGGAGAUGCGAAGGCUGCGGGUGCAGAGGAAACGAGGGAUGAGGACAAUCCUUUGUUUUUGCAUGGUUGAUCGCCAUGUCGCAUAACGAAAUCACUCAUGAUAUGAAUUUUGGUCUUUAUACUUCCUGUUGAAGCCAUUCGACCAGUUUGGCUAAUGCCUUCCCGCGAUGCGAAAUCUUGUUCUUCUCUUCUUUGGGCAUUUCUGCGUAUGUUUGCCCAUCGUACUCGAAACAUGCAUCCCAGC